AUGCUGUUCGAUUUAUCGCAGCCGGAAGUGAGUGAAAAACGAAUCCGAAUAGAACUACAGGAUUCAUUAAUAAAAGCGGAUAAAGAACAGAUAGCGUCGCCUAAUAUACCAAUCCAAGGAGCAAAUGCUCAACAAGGAUCACAGCACCCUGUAUCUCCAAAAAAGAAGUGGUUGAAAAAAUAUAUGAUGAAUCAUACCGAUGAAAAACUACGUAGUUAUUCGGAAUGCAACAAAACUCUCUUUCAAUCAUUCGACCUGAAAAGGCAUUUGUUAAAUCUUACCGGUGAAAAAUCGCUCGGUUGUCCGAAAUGCAAAAAAAAUUUCUCUCGAUCAUCGGAUUUGAAAAGACAUGUGAGGAUUCAUACUGGUGAAAAGCCGUACAAGUGUUCAGAAUGUGGAAGACCUUUUUCUGAUUCAUCGGCUUUUAAAAAACAUAUGAGGAUUCAUACCGGUGAAAAGCCGUGCGGUUGUCCGAAAUGCAAAAAAAAUUUCUCUCAAUCAUCGGAUUUGGAGAGACAUAUGAGGAUUCAUACCGGUGAAAAGCCUUACAAUUGCACAGAAUGUGGAAAACGUUUCUCUGAUCCAUCGGCUUUUAAAAAACAUAUACGGAUUCAUACCGGUGAAAAGCUGUAUGGUUGUUCCGUGUGCGGGAAAAGAUUUUCUCGAAAAAGUGUUUCGAAUAGGCACAUGAAAACUCAUCGUAAAGAGAGUUCCUCAUCCAAUUUUAUUGCAUGCAACCAAAGCAAUUUAUUAUGA